AUGUCAAUUUAAUUAUAUUUUAAUCCGCUCUCCCAACCAUCAAGAGCAGUCCAUGCAUUAUUAGUAAUUGGUAAAAUUCCACAUGAUUUGCAUAACAUUGAUUUUAUGAAAUAAGAGCAAAAUACUCCAGAAUACAAAAAGAUUUCUCCAACUGGUAAUGUGCCUUCAAUCGUUGAUGGAGAUGUUGUCUUAUUUGAAUCACAUACAAUUUUGAAAUAUUUAGCAAAAAAAUUUAAACUUGAAAAGUUAUAUCCAUCUGAUAUUGUUAAAUAAGCCAAACUUGAUUAAUAUUUGGAUUGGCAUCAUACAGGAACAAGAUAAAUUACACUAACAGCAAGAGAUUUUGUUUUUUAUCCUAAAUUUGUUGGAAAACCAGCUCCAGAAAAUAAAGACGAAAGAUUCAAAGAAUUAGAAUGGUAUCUAAAAGCCUUUGAAGAAAUCUUUUUAGGAAAUGGAAAACAUUAAUACAUCUUUGGAUUUCCUGAACCAACUAUAGCUGAUUUAAGGUAAAUAUUUAAUAUAAAUUAUAUAGUGCUAUCUGUGAAUUAUCAACAUUAUUUAUGUUAAAUAUUGAUCUAGUUCCUCAUCCACAUCUUCAUCAAUACAUAAAACAUAUGCUUUCAAUUCCUGAAGUAAAUUAAAUUCAUCAAUAAACUUUUGGAUUUACGUAAAAAUUCGCAGAAAAUUUAAGAUAAGAGUACAUUGAUCUUAUGAAAUGA